UACAUCCUGGAAUUAUUAAUUUAAAUGUGUGUAGAUUGUUUUGUGCAGUAAUAUAGCCUUCUAUUGUAGAUCCAAUAAUUAGGUGACCCGGAAGUGGGUUGGAGUUGUGAUUGUUAAAUGAGAAAUGUCUUCGCAAAGAUUUCAAUUUCGUGCUUAGACCACUGUCAUCGGGAAAAAAGUUAAUAAUUAUUAUUAUUAACGUCACCAAACUUACGUUGCCACCAUGAGUAAACGAAAAGUGAAAGAAACACACAUGCCAGUCGGCGAAUGUAUUUCUCAGAAUGGAUUUAUUUUUCAGGUUCAGAUGAUAUUGAGGGAGAGAUUCUGUCAUCAGAGACUUCCUGAAAAGCCAGUAGGAAUGGAAUCACAACACAAACACCUGCUGGAGCUGCUGAGGAGGACAGCUGUCCAUGGAGAGAGUAAUUCUGUACUCAUCGUUGGACCCAGGGGAUCUGGGAAAACAAUGCUCCUGAACUGUGUCUUGAGAGAGUUGCUGGAAGUGAAGGAUGUCAAUAAGAACGUGUUACCUGUCCACCUGAAUGGUCUUUUACAGACUGAUGAUAGAAUAGCGCUCAAAGAAAUCACACGCCAGCUCAAUCUGGAGAAUGUUGUUGGAGACAAAGUGUUUGGUAGUUUUGCAGAAAACCUGGCCUUCCUUCUUGAGGCGUUAAAGAAAGGUGAUCGUAGCAGCAGUCGGCCUGUCCUCUUCAUUCUGGAUGAGUUUGACCUGUUUGCCCACCAUAAGAACCAGACUCUGCUCUACAACCUCCUGGAUGUCUCCCAGUCUGCCCAGGCUCCCAUCGCUGUGAUCGGCCUCACCUGCAGACUGGAUGUCCUGGAGCUGCUAGAGAAGAGGGUCAAGUCCAGGUUCAGCCACAGACAGAUCCACCUGCUCAGCUCCCUGAGCUUCAUACAGUACCUGGACAACGUCCGCUCACAGCUCAGCCUGCCACAAGACUUCCCCGACACCAAGUUCUAUGACGAGUGGAAUGACGGCAUCAAGACGCUAUGUGAAGACCAACCAGUGGUGGACGUCUUACAAAGACAUUAUAACUCCAGCAAAGACUUCCGUUCCUUGCACUUGUUACUGAUGCUGGCUCUGAGCCGUGUGAGUGCAUCUAAACCUGCCAUCAAGCCCACUGAUCUUCUGGAGGCCAGUAGAGUCUGUAUGGUGGACUCUAAAGCAAACAUUCUUCAUGGCCUGUCCAUUCUUGAACUGUGCCUGAUAAUUGCCAUGAAACACUUGAAUGACAUCUAUGAAGGAGAGCCGUUUAACUUCCAGAUGGUUCACAAUGAGUUCAAGAAAUUCCUGCAGAGGAAAUCCCGUUCUAUCCAUAACUUUGACAAGCCAGUCGUCAUAAAGGCGUUUGAACACCUGCAGCAGUUGGAGCUGAUUAAGUCUAUGGACAGCUCCACAGCUAAGAUCCAGAAGGAGUUCCAGCUCAUGAAACUUAUGUUAAACCACAGCCAGAUCAUGGAGGCCCUGCAGAAAUACCCACAAUGCCCCACAGAUGUCAAACAGUGGGCCAUGUCUGCUUUUGGUUAAAGGUACAUAUUCUUCUAUAUUGGGUCCAGUGGGGCAGUUUUGAAAAAAAAACGAUGAAAGAUAUGGGACUGUGGCCUGGACCCUGUCCUCAGAGACAGACAAUGAAUGACCUGACAAGUGUUUCUGCCAUGUGUUAAUUCCUUGAGUGUAAAUGUAAAUAUUUGGCUGUACUUAUUGAAUAAAGCAAUUGUUUUGGUCA